GUGCCUUUAAAUUGCUGCUUUCAGAGAGUGCAGCUCAGGGGGAGGUGGGAGGGAGGGAAACAUCUUCCUACAGUCUCCCUCUUCCCUCCCCUCCAAGACUCUCCAGGGUUUAGAGAGUGAUUGCUGCCCAAAAAGAAUCUCCUUCAGCACCCUAGCAGGCAGGCUGAGGCCCUCCAGAGCCCCAGGUGAGCCAGAGCAGGAGCAGGUUAUCUGUGUCAGAGUCACUUCCACGGGAAUAGUUCUGGCCCCUGACUGGUAAGGACAGGGCAGAGAAGAGAGAAGAGGAGAGAGCGUGCAACUCCUAGCCCGGCCCUCCUUGGGUUCCAUGCAAGUGGCCCAAGUAGGAAGAAGGCUCUGUACUUUCGGCGCUCCCGCCCGGAUACUCCCUCUCACCUCGGCAGCCAGGCUGAGAAAGGACUCCAGGGUCCCCGCAGAAUGACAACUCUUGUUCCAGCAACCCUCUCCUUCCUUCUCCUCUGGACCCUGCCGGGGCAGGUCCUCCUCAGGGUGGCCUUGGCAAAAGAAGAAGUCAAAUCUGGGACCAAGGUGUCCCAGCCCAUGUCCCCCUCUGAUUUUCUGGACAAGCUUAUGGGGCGAACAUCUGGAUAUGAUGCCAGGAUUAGGCCCAAUUUUAAAGGCCCACCUGUGAACGUGACCUGCAACAUCUUCAUCAACAGUUUCAGCUCCAUCACCGAGACUACCAUGGACUACAGGGUGAACAUCUUCUUGCGGCAGCAGUGGAGCGACCCACGCCUGGCCUACGGAGAAUAUCCUGAUGACUCGCUGGACCUCGAUCCCUCCAUGCUGGACUCUAUUUGGAAGCCAGACCUGUUCUUUGCCAAUGAGAAAGGGGCCAAUUUUCACGAGGUGACCAAAGACAACAAGUUGCUGCGCAUCUUCAAGAAUGGAAAUGUGCUCUACAGCAUCAGGCUGACUCUCAUUUUAUCCUGCCCAAUGGACCUGAAGAACUUCCCCAUGGAUAUCCAGACCUGCACGAUGCAGCUGGAGAGCUUUGGCUACACCAUGAAUGACCUCAUGUUUGAGUGGCUGGAAGAUUCUCCUGCUGUCCAAGUGGCUGAGGGGUUGACUCUGCCCCAGUUUAUCUUGCGGGAUGAGAAGGAUCUAGGCUAUUGUACCAAGCGCUACAACACAGGGAAAUUCACCUGCAUCGAGGUAAAAUUUCACCUGGAACGACAGAUGGGCUACUAUCUGAUUCAGAUGUAUAUCCCCAGCCUACUCAUCGUCAUCCUGUCCUGGGUCUCCUUCUGGAUCAACAUGGAUGCUGCCCCUGCCCGGGUGGGCCUAGGCAUCACCACUGUGCUCACCAUGACAACUCAGAGCUCUGGCUCCCGGGCCUCUUUGCCUAAGGUGUCCUACGUGAAGGCAAUCGACAUCUGGAUGGCUGUUUGCCUCCUCUUCGUGUUCGCUGCCCUGCUGGAGUAUGCUGCUGUCAAUUUUGUCUCCCGUCAGCAUAAGGAAUUCAUGCGACUUCGAAGAAGGCAGAGGCGCCAACGCAUGGAGGAAGAUAUCACCCGAGAAAGUCGCCUUUAUUUCCGUGGCUAUGGCCUGGGCCACUGCCUGCAGGCAAGGGAUGGAGGUCCAAUGGAAGGUUCUGGCAUUUAUAGCCCCCAACCUCCAGCCCCUCUUCUAAGGGAAGGAGAAAACAUGUGGAAACUCUACGUGGACCAGGCCAAGAGGAUUGACACCAUCUCCCGGGCUGUCUUCCCUUUCACUUUCCUCAUCUUCAACAUCUUCUACUGGGUUGUCUAUAAAGUGCUACGGUCAGAAGAUAUCCACCAGGCACUGUGA